CCGCCGACUGUUUCCGUUUCCGGGUCGUGAGUUUGUGUGUUUGUUUGCAGGAGAGAUGGCCGCUUGGUUAAUGCGGAUUUUGCCCGUUUGGUCCCGGGUUCGACUCGGCUCGGUGCCCGGGGCCCGGUUUGUGUCUCAGACGCCGUCUCCUGGAGCUGCGGGCAGCGCCGCCGUGUCCGGCCUGAGCCCCGUAGAGCACAGUGACGACCACGGGCAUGUGGAGGUCAGCGUGUACGAGAAGAACAGGGAUUUCCAUGGGUUUCACAAGGACCCCCAAGUGGAUGUGUGGAACAUGAAAGUAGCCUUCUUCUUUGGAAUCUCUGUUGCUAUAGUGAUCGGAGGCACUUUUGUGCACUAUCUACCAGACCACGGAAUGAGGCAGUGGGCUAGACGGGAGGCCGAGAGACUCAUCAAAGAAAGAGAGGCCAAGGGGAUCGCCGUCCUUGAUGGCAAUUACUAUGACCCCAGCAAGAUCAUCCUGCCCUCUGCAGGAGAUGAGGAGUAACUGCAGACACAGUCAUAGUGCAGAAAUGAACAAUUCAGCUAGUAACAAAUAAGUUGUGCUGUUUGAAGUACCCAGUGUUGGCCGGGGAAAUUCAGCAUUUCAAUAUUUCAUGCAUGACAAAUUGGGGAACGGUAGCCUUGUGGUUUCCUAUAAGUUACUGAUCUUGAGUGUUGCACAAUGCGCUCGGACCCCUUUCCCUUUAACAUUUUGGAUCCAAACAUAGCCUUCGACCUUCCUCUGGGUGAAAGAGGAUGCGAUGCAAAGUUUGCUUACACGGGCUCCUGCAGGGUCCGAAUGCAUAAAGGAACAGACAGACAAACUUUCUUCUUUCUAUGUUAAGAUAUAACUUCCCAAUAAAUGUCUCUUGAACAUAA